AUGGAAGAUCCAGUGGGAGCUAUCUGGGCGAGAAAGCUCUCGGCUGAGCGCAUAGCCUACCUGGCGCAAUCCCGAAUUCCUGAUAUCAUCGCUUGCAAUGUCAUUCUACUCGUGUUUGCAACCGGUGGCUUACUGAUCCGAUUGUUUGUCCGGGUUCGAUAUCUCACCGGGAUCAACCUUGAUGAUAUAAUUUGCAUGACUAGUUGGGUAUUCACCUUUAUCCUGUGCUUCACUGCGAUGUUGAUGACCAAAUAUGGGUUCGGCAAACACAUCGGGACAGUGUCGAGUUUCAAUGAUCGAGCUAUGUUUCUCAAACUCGAUUUUGUCGCAAUGAUUACAUAUGUUCUCUCUCUCGGUACGAUUAAGAUAUCUUUCUGCCUCUUAUACCUCCACAUUUUCCCAGGGGACAAGUUCCGGAUUGCCUGUUGGUGGCUUCUUGCAAUUAUUGUGGCACAAACUACCGCAGAGACUCUGGUGGUACUCUUUCAAUGCAAUCCUGUCCAUAAGGCCUGGGAUGCCACGGGCCUCGUGGAAGGUACCUGUGUCGAUAUGAAUACAUUCUACUAUGCCAACUUCGCCGUCAAACUGGCCAGUGACUUGGCAUUAUUCACUAUGCCAAUUCCAAAGGUAGUUCGACUGAGAAUGACGGUGGGGAAGCGUGUAGGCUUGGUGGUGAUGUUCAGUCUGGGUCUCCUGGUAUGCAUGACAAGCAUCAUUCGAAUCAGUUAUCUCAACACCUUUGAGGUGGAUCAUACUUGGUCAAUGGUUAAUGCAAUGAACUGGUCCUGUGUGGAAGUCGCUGUCGCCAUUUUUAUUGCCUGUAUUCCCUCAUUCAAUACCUUGAUUAUAUAUCGUUUCCCGACGUUACGAAGAUUAUUGGGCCUCCCCAGCAACAAGGAUCAUGGAACAUGCACGUCAAAGGCAUACGGAAGUUCGAGCCGUCGAGUCUAUAAUAAUUUGUCAAUCGACCAUCGCAAUAGCCUCAAGCUGAAACCGGUCACCGGUCAUAGUCAUGCAGAUGUGGAAUCCAGCACCAAUGAGUCCCAGGAGCGGAUAAUACAUGAGGGAAUACAGGUGAUGACCAAUUAUGAAAUGUGGUUUCGAGCACAGGCCGAGAAACAAAGCGUGGAGGCCGAGCUAGAAAGUACCGAGGCUGCACGGUCGACCGCGGAUAUCGUGGUAUACUCCGAUGCCUCGGGACGAGGAGGUCAUCUGGGGUGCCGCAGCGGCGGCGCUCGUCGAAUUGCUGAAAACAACCGACAUCAUACAAGUUCAGGUCGGACCUAUGGAGCGAUAGUCGGUUCACGCCACCGAGCUAUUGGGAUUCUGUUCGCCAUCAACAUCAUCAAUAAGAUUGCUCUCUGGCACUGCAGAAUCCAAACGCGAGCGAGAUCUGCCACCAUCCUCGCUGAUUUGCUGGCCAAAGAGGCAGCCAUACCGUGA